UCUGGAAGAAUCUGGCCUGGUUACAUUUCAUCAUGGCGGAUUUAGAUUUUCAUAAAAAGAACUCUUCUCACAAAAAUGAAGACAAAUCUGUAAUACAGGAAGCUCUACUGAGGAAACAAUUUCCUAGUAUAGACACGGAGCUACUGGACUAUGUUAAAGAUGUUCUGACACAUGCAGAUGAUUUUGAGACAGGAGAAGACAUAUAUGAUGGGAUUGGUGGAAUUUUACAUGAAGUUGAUCCGAAUGCAAAUGAGGAUGUUAUCCGGGAUGUUUGUGAUAGGCUCAUGGAUAUCAUAAGAAAGAGAUCAUCAAAGGAUCAACAGACAUUUGUCAAGCUUGAUGCUCCAGUCAAGCUAGAGAAUCUAACCCUAAAUACAGAGGAAGCAGAGGAAUCAGUCAGUAUUUGGAUAAAAAAGCAAGAUAGUGGAACUAUUGUUGAUCAAGAAAAAUUGAAGAAAGCAGAAGCAAAAUUAAAAGCUAAACAAGAGAGAAGAGCAGACAAGGAAGACAAGGCUGAUGUGGUGCCAGUUGAGAUGGAUGGUGCUACUGCAAGUCAAAGUACAAACAGACGAGAACAGAAAAUGGAAUCUAGUGGUACUAAUAAAUCACAAGAUAUUCGUAUUGAGAACUUUGACUUGGCUUAUGGAAACAGAUCACUGCUGAAAGGUGCCAAUCUUGCCAUAGCUUUUGGAAGGCGGUACGGUCUGGUUGGCAGAAAUGGCAUUGGUAAAACAACGCUACUAAGAACAUUAUCAAAGAGGGAGCUGUUUGUGGCAUCAAAUAUUUCUAUUCUGUAUGUAGAACAAGAGGUUGUUGGUGAUGAAACUCCAGCUCUAGAAAGUGUCUUAGAAUGUGAUACUGAGAGAUUUAAUCUGUUGAAAGAGGAAAAAGCUCUUGCAGCCUCAACAUCAAGUAAAAGCCCAGAUGCCAAUGGAGAUAAGACAAGUAAACGUCUUGCUCAAAUAUAUUCGCGAUUGGAGGAAAUAGAAGCUGAUAAGGCACCUGCGAGGGCAUCAACAAUCCUUGCCGGUCUUGGAUUCACUCCCAAAAUGCAGACACAAUUUACAAAGGAGUUUUCAGGUGGAUGGCGUAUGAGGCUUGCUCUUGCAAGAGCUUUGUUUAGCAAACCAGAUCUACUUCUUUUAGAUGAGCCCACAAACAUGUUGGAUCUCAAGGCUGUAAUGUGGUUAGAAGGCUAUUUACAGCAAUGGCCAACCACUAUCCUUGUGGUAUCCCACGACAGAAACUUCCUGGACACUGUGACCACGGAUAUCCUUCACAUGCACUCUCAAAAACUUGACUACUACAAGGGAAACUAUGAGAAUUUCCAGAAAACGCGUGAAGAGAAAUUACUGAAUCAGCAACGAGAAUAUGAGGCACAACAAAUGUACAGGCAACAUUUACAGGCAUUCAUCGACAAGUUUCGUUACAAUGCCAAGAGGGCCUCUCUGGCGCAGAGUAAAAUCAAAAUUCUCGAAAAGCUUCCUGUUUUACAACCUGUCGAGCGAGACCCACCCGCGAUACUGCGGUUUCCCGAGUGCGAGAAGCUAUCACCUCCUGUUUUACAACUGGAUGAAGUGAUGUUUCACUACUCACCUGACCGUGUUAUCUUCAGUAAAGUCGAUAUUUCUGCCAACAACGAAUCUAGGAUAGCAGUGGUCGGAGACAACGGCUCUGGUAAGACGACGCUUCUAAAGAUCCUCUUGGGAGAACUAGAGCCAGUCAAGGGAAUUCGACACUACCACAGAAACCUGAAGAUCGGCUACUUCAGCCAGCACCAUGUGGAUCAACUACAAAUGACACAGUGUGCUAUCGAGUUCCUCGCCUCUAGAUUUCCAGGAAUGAAUACUGAAGCAUACCGGCACCAACUGGGCCGAUAUGGGGUGUCAGGAGAGCUGGCUACAAGGCCGAUUAUCAGCUUGUCUGGUGGACAGAAAAGUAGAGUGGUAUUUGCUUCCAUGACUAUGGGCGGACCAAAUUUACUGGUUCUUGACGAACCCACAAAUCAUCUGGAUAUGGAGACGAUAGAGGCCUUAGCUAAAGCUCUAAGACAGUUCAAGGGAGGCGUUGUGCUUGUAUCCCAUGACGAACGCUUAGUGCGUAAUGUCUGUAAUGAGGUGUGGCUGUGCGGGCAAGGAACAGUGCGCUCUAUUGAGGGUGGCUUUGACAUGUACAAGAAAAUAGUACAAGAUGAACUGAAGGCUAUUUAGAAAGAAUAAUACAACCUGGAAUUAUACCUCAAGCCAACUAUGUUAUGGUAUUUUCAUAAAGGCAGUGCUUGGUAUACUCUUAGGAAAAACUGCCUGAGAGUUUAUUUAUAAUGAGAAUGUCAUCUGACACACAGCCCCAGAAAAGCCACAGAAAUUGUAACUACAAAUAAAUCUAAGCAAUUAAAAAAAAAGUUAAGAGAAUCAAAUGUUUUUUAUUGGUAAUUAUGUAUUAGUUACAGAAUAAAUAUUAGGUAAAAAAUAUCCCUCUAUUUACAAUAGUUAUCUACAAAAUAUUGUAUUUUCUCUAUAUUCUAGUUUUUGGUUAGUAUUUUAUCUGAAAAGUUAGGUUAAGACAGAAUCAAUAAAUCUGACUAAUUUCAA